UUUGCAACGAAACAUAAUAACGAAAACAAGUUUGGUUCCCUCUUCUUCUUCAGAGAAGUACGAUCUUAAUAUAUUUUUAUACACAUAUUUAUAGAAAAAAGUUUCAUCAUGCUCUAUUCGUCUAAGAAGUUGUUCUUCUUCUCGUGCAUUGUGCUGAUUGUCAACUACAACAACAAUGUCUUCGUAACCGCAGCAAAUAGCAUUGGCUUGAACUACGGCCUCCUCGGAGAUAACCUCCCGUCUCCAUCCAAUGUUAUCAACCUUUACAAGUCCAUAGACAUUACUAAAAUCCGAAUCUUCGACCCGAACACUGAAGUUCUUAACGCUUUACGCGGCCACCGUGAUAUUGCAGUCACUGUAGGCGUUAGGGACCAGGACUUGGCUGCUCUUGCAGCUAGCGAAGAAGCUGUUAAAGGCUGGUUUGCAACCAACAUCGAGCCUUACUUAUCCGACGUCAACAUCGCGUUCAUUACUGUUGGUAAUGAAGUCAUCCCCGGACCAAUUGGUUCUCAAGUGCUUCCUGUCAUGCAGUCUCUCACAAACCUCGUCAAGUCAAGGAAUCUUCCAAUCUCGAUAAGCACUGUGGUGGCAAUGUGGAAUCUCGAGCAAUCGUACCCACCUUCCGCAGGAAUGUUCACGUCUCAAGCACGUGAACAACUUGUUCCCGUGCUGAAACUAUUGUCUCAAACAAAUACGCCUAUUCUCGUAAAUAUAUACCCUUACUUCCCUUACGCGUCCGACCCAUCGAGCAUUCCUCUCGACUAUGCCACCUUCAACACUGAGGCCAUCGUGGUCCAAGAUGGACCAUUGGGCUAUUCAAACAUGUUUGAUUCAAUAUUUGACGCGUUUGUGUGGGCAAUGGAGAAGGAAGGCGUUAAGGAUUUACCAAUGGUGCAUGGUGUCCGAGACCGGAUGGCCAUCUGCGGGGAAUGGAAACUUUACCACGCCUGAUAUCGCAGGUACCUACAACAGAAAUUUUGUGAAACAUAUAGCAAGCGGAAAAGGGACGCCUAAGAAGCCUAACAAGAGCAUCGACGGGUUUCUGUUUGCAACAUUCAAUGAAAAUCAGAAGCCGGCAGGGACUGAACAAAAUUUUGGGUUGUAC